UCAACAUAGUAGCAGAAGUUUCCACGCGUUGCUUCUAGUUGUAGGUACUCCUCGACUGUACCACUGCUCCUGCCUGCACCCUCGGCUGUACCACAGCUCCUGCCUGCACCCUCGGCUGUACCACAGCUCCUGCCUGCACCACGUCAUCUGCGUACUGUACCAACAUGAAGUCUAGUAACGGGCACAUUGUUUGUGUGCCAGGACAGAGAAUCUGUGAGGCUAGUGAAAAACUCAUUGCCGGUGAAGGAACAUAUACUUUUAACAAAUACAUCUAUGCCUCUCUAGCAGGGCAUGUCACAGUUGUUCCACAAGAAGUUGUGGAGCCUAGUUGUGGUUAUGUUAACCAAGUUGUUAAGGUUACCUUGGGACGACAAGGUACAGUGAUGCCAGAAGCUGGUAGUGUUGUAACCUGCCGUGUUUUGAGUGUAAACCCAAACCAGGCUACUGUAUCUAUCAUCUGUGUCGGUCCUAACAAGUUGCAUUCCCCUGUUUCUGGCACUGUUAAGAAACAAAAUGUUAGGGACCAUCAAAUUGACACUGUGGAGAUGUACAAUUGUUUUCGUCCAGAUGACAUUAUUUUGGCAGUUGUUCUCUCACUUGGUGAUCUGCGUAACUAUGAACUCUCUACCGCGGGUACAGAGUUGGGGGUAGUAACGUCCUAUUGUGAGGAGGGUCAUCCACUGGUCCCUGCCUCGUGGACCACAAUGAAGUGCAAGUGUCGAACAGAACGAAGAAAAGUUGCUAAAGUGAUGCCUCCUAAAAAUGCAAGUACAUGAAAAAGCACAGUUCUCAUGCCCCUGGGAUAAGAUGUUAUUAGCAUCCACACUGCUACUUGACAAGAAGUGUCCGUUAUGGAAAUUUCAAACCCUCGGUGGUGGUAGCAUUAAUCACAGGUAAUCAGUUGCGGUACAGAAUGAAAAAUAUAUAUUUUAUUAAAAUAUACAAAGCAUAAUGUAAAUAUUAAUCCAACAUUGCAAAUUAUGAGUGAUUACUAAAGAACAUGAGAUCAGUCAGGUAUAAUUAAGAAAAUUAUUCUUAGCGCUCAGCCAUGAGAAUAAAUUCUAUUUAGGCAAUCAACACUUAACACUUUGCUCAGAGAACUUCACACAUCUGGACCUUUAAGUGUAAUCAUAAAAGAAGGGGGCAGUAGAAUGCUUUACUAUAUUAAAAUCUUGCUAUGCAAAUAUAAAGUUUUUAAUAUUUUCCUCACACUUGAUGCAUCACAAAUAUCACUCCACGAGUCUGUUACUGUUCGUGUGCAAAUUACCCACGACCCAGAUCUCUACUCACUGUACACAAUUAUCAACCACAGCAUAAAAAUUACCAUUUUAAUGAAAUUAAAAGCACUACAAUAAUGACAUCAACUGGGCUGUGGUGGAUAUGUGGGCCGCUCCAAGCAACAGCUUGUUUGACCAAGCUCUCGCAAUUCAAGCCUGGCCUGUGGCCGGGCUUGAGAAGUGGAACAACUCUCAGAAUGCCAUCCAGGUACAAUCCGGGCCUGCAGAACGGAUGGUGUAAGUCUCCCCACUGAAAUAAAGGAUGAAUAAUAUGUUUGGUAUUCCUGCAUAUGUAAUGACUAAAGAUUUAAUAGGUGGACUGCACAUGAAAUACAGUAAGUAAGGGGGUGCCAGGCUGACCCGGCUAAACACCAAUUUUGGGUAUCUUUUGACACUAGUCACUGUGUUCAGACACAUGAAUUUGAGGCAAACUGAAGCAUAUAUGACAGAAGCAAAGAUAAUUAACAAUUUAACAUAUCUAAUUAUUUCAUUAUGAACUACAUUGCAUGUAGCAGAAUAAUUGUAAAUUACUUCUGAGAGUUAAACUACACUAAUGAAUGUAUGUGAAUGUAUAAAUAUAACUUGUCAUUCAGUGUUCAACCUGUCCUCUUACAAAUUACGUCACUUUUUGCUCGUAUGCGCACUCGGGCUAAAUAUAUUUAACUCAAAAUUAGAUCGGCUCACAAAAGUGACGUACUGUACCUUUUUCUGUUUUGAUCCUCUGGCUCGGGCUAGAAUCACUAGGACUAGAAUCUGGUGUGCUCUUAGCGGCAAGGAGUGUGGCGAUCAGAGAUAAAUUUAUAGCUCGGUAAAAAGCCUAUGGUACAGCCAAGGGAAAAUAAACUGUAUAAUGUAUCUUGAUAAAAGAUAGAAAUAAGUGAAAAAGGUUUUUUUACUCAUUGUGAAAUAAUGUGCAAGUUAUUUCACAAUUAGUGCACCACCUAUUAUGGCUGGUCAGUUCACCCCAGAUGUCUUGUCUGCCCGUUUCAUUUGCAUGCCUGGCACAAAAUACCACUAUUCCACUGCAACGACUGAUGCUGUUUUUUUUUAGUUAGGUGGGGGUUUGUAACUGACUAGCAUUACAGAUUUAAUUUCAAUGUGCUGGCUAGGUUAAUAUGUCUACAUUAGAUAUUCUCCUGCCAAGUUUAUUUUCUUUUUCUUUCACAGUUUUGUUCUUGAAUAUGUGUUGGUACAGGGUGCACAAACAGUAUAAUUGGUACAUUCGGUCUCCAUAUUAUGUAUUAAUGGCAAGAAGAUUCAUUAUGUCUAUUCCAGGUCACAAAACCAUGUUGCUUAUGCUGUAGUUGUAUUUUUUUAUGUUUGUUUCAGUCAAAUGAUGCCUAUGCACAUUCUCGUCUUUUUAGGUAGACAGGUUUGGGGUAUAGCAUACAAAGGACACACAUCUGGCUUCAUUAGGCAGUUACACAAGUACUUACAAACCUGUACAUCUUUUCUCAAUCUUUGGCAGCUUUGUUUACAUUUAUUAAACAGUGAAUGAGCUCCAAAAUACUAGAAGGCUGUUUAUAACAAAAAUUUUGAUUGGGACGUUACAAUGUCCAUAAACUGUUUAAUAAAUGUAAACAAUGCUGCCAAAGCUUGAGAAAAGAUGUACAAAUUCAUAAGUACUUGUCUUAACUGCUUGAUGAAUCCAGAUCCAGGUCACUUCAUGUUAGUCCAGAGCAUAGGUUCGGAGACAUAAAAUACUGUAUCAUAUUUGUACAGUUAUGAGCUACUUUUGUUUUCUUUUUUUGUUAAAAAAAUAGCAGUGUGUUACAUGAAUAAAUGAUGUGCAGAAUUC